AUUUUAGUUUUUAUAGUUGUGUGCGCGCACCACAUGCAUGCAGGAGCCCUGGGUGGUCAAAACUCGGGAACGAGGGUAAAGCUAGGAUCAAGGUCGUCGUCGAGCUAGCUGUGUUCUGUGACAGCAGGCUGACAGGUCAGGGUCAGGAAAGAACUGCCGAGGCCUUUGAGAGGGAUUGGGAGCUCGGAUCCCCCAACACGUCUGAAGCAGGGCUCUCUGGGUCACCAUUUCCUCCUGGGAAGAACGUUCCUCUAGCAAUUGCUGAGGGUAAAUCCAGGGACACAUGCUAAGCUAGUGCUUUUCCACUGUGUUCCCUUGGGCUGUGGCAAAGAGAUACCGAGCACUGGAGUGCCCGGGGGACAGGCUUCCAGCCCACUCCCCGGUAGUCAUGGUUAGGCCAAAUCUACUCACACCUGCAGACACGUGGUGGCCAAGUGCAGAACUGUCAAGUGAUCAAUGACACACAGGGAAGCCAAAGAGUUAGAGACACUUCAUUCUGACUGCCUGGGACUUGGGUAAAGGGGCUUGAGCUAAUGCAAUGUCCCCACCACAGAAGGGCUGCAGCUUCUUCCAAGACCUGUUAGUAGGGUAGUCCUCACCCAGGUGCAUCAGUAGGAAGGCAGCUGUGGACCUGGACUUGGGAUGGGUCGGAGUCUCAAGUUUGUAGCAAGGCAAGAAACAUCCACACCUCCCCUCCUCAGCCUCCUAAGUCUUGGUGACUAGGAUCCCAAGUGCCCUCACCAUUUGAACUAAUUUCUUUGGUGGUGGCUUUGGCAUGUCCCCCCAGGUCCCUGUCCCCCAUGUCCUGCUGUGAGAAUAAUCGGGCACCCUUCAGAAUUAAUGCUAACCAUUACUCUGGCUGCAGCAGCCCUGGGCCAGCUCCAGCCCACCUCUUCCUAGUGGCCCUACCUGAGCCCCACCCUCUGUGGCCCUGCCCUCUCUGGCCCUCUGUGGCUCCGCCCCAGCAUGUCCACGGGAUACUUAUCCACACCUCUUGUUCACCAGCCAGUGAGUGAGUAGCCCUCCGAGUAGCCUGGCCACACGUUUCUUAUCCAGUUUGCAGCUCUCCAGAGUCAUAACCACUGCUGCAUCAUGUGGGCCCUGGGCUUUCUGCUCCGCUUCCUCGCCAUGCAGCCAGUGGCCCAGGUGGACUCCACGGGUACCUGGUGCUACGACUCCCAAGACCCAGAGUGCGGCCCUACCCACUGGAAGGAGCUAGCACCUGCUUGUGGGGGCCCAGCCCAGUCCCCCAUCAACAUCGACCUUCGUUUGGUCCAACGGGACUACACUCUUGAGCCCUUCAUCUUUCAAGGCUAUGAUAAAGCACCUCUAGACCCUUGGACCCUGGAGAACAAUGGUCAUACAGUGUUACUGCAAGUAAGUUCAGGUCAGCAGAACUGCCCAGGGAUCCGAGGGGCUGGGCUGCCAUCACCAGGGUACCGCCUCCUGCAGCUGCACUUCCACUGGGGUAGCCCAGGGCACAAAGGCUCGGAGCACAGCCUGGACCAGAAGCAUGGCUCUAUGGAGAUGCACAUGGUCCACAUGAACACAAAGUACCGGGACCUGAGGGAGGCACAAAGGCACCCGGAUGGGCUUGCGGUGCUGGCCGUACUGUUGGUGAUCUCCCAGACCUUCCACCUGGGCCCUUCCCACCUUUGGAAACAAACACACACAGAACCUCAAAGCCUCUCUCACUGGAAUUCUCUCCAGGAGGAGGACAGGGACAAUACCAAUUUCUCUGCCAUUGUGUCUGCCCUAAAAAACUUAUCUUUACCUGGGGUCUCUGUGAACCUGACGUCCACCUUUCCACUGGCCUCACUGCUGCCAAGUGCUGUGGGGCUCUUACGCUACUACCGAUACUCGGGGUCUCUAACCACGCCGGGCUGCGAGCCGGCCGUGCUCUGGACAGUCUUUGAAAACACCGUACCCAUUGGGCGCGCGCAGGUAGCACAGUUCCAGACCAUACCCCAGACUGGGCCACCGGGCUUGCACCCCAGACCGCUCGUGGAUAAUCUCCGCCCCCAGCAACCUCUUGGAGGGCGCAGGGUAUUAGCCUCUCCUGGAGCAUCCCUCCGGUCAUCAGUUUCUACCCUGCCCUGUUUGCACCUGGCUCUUUUGGGCUUGGGAGUCGGCCUGAGGCUCUGGCAGGGCCCCUAGACCCACGGGUGGGUGACUCCUGCUUCCACAAUAAAUGAUGCAGACUGA